AAUGCAUCCCAAACUGGACCCUAUCCUAAUUCUCUUCCCAUUCUUCUUCAUCUCCUCCAUAGUCGCACAAUUCACAUCGCAAACCUACCCAGAUCCUCGAUUAGAUCCAUUUUCAUGUCGGUUGGCACUUCCAUCGCAAGUCUGUGAUCCGUCGGCUAUCGUUUCCGAUGAGGAGAGAAGUCGAUUGGUGCAGAGGGUUAAUCAAUUGCAUUCGUUGACUUCUGGAAUUAAGAAUACUUCUCCGUCAUGUGCAUUGAUGCCUGAUAGGAAUUUGGAGAUAAUUGUCGCGAUAAUCGACAAAAUCGGAAGUGUACCAGGUGUUCCAGUUGACAUUGAAAAAUUCGCCAAUAACUUGAAAAGAAGAUACCAAAACUUCCAGGACGUUGGAAUGUGCGACACUACAGUGCUCAUCGUGAAUUCUAGACAAGAUCGUCAAGUGUUCACAGUUGCUGGUAGAGAUGCCAAGAUCUCGAAGGACACGUUGAAAUCUGCAUUUGAACGGAAUAUUGGGCAUUUCAAGACAGGAAGAUAUGCACUUGGGCUGGAAGGAAUGAUUGAGGUCAUUGUGGCAGCUUACUCGAAUGCUCAUAUUGUGCAGGUCCCGACUCCAACUGAGUUUAGACCGACUGAAUUCAUGCCAAACCCACCUGCGGUCUCUGCUGUUGAAUCCCAACCAUUCCGGGCCGCUGGUCUCCCGAACAGUGUGCAACAGGCAAAACGCCCAUUCCCAGCUUUCAACACGAUUCAUGAGAGCAUUGAUGAAGAUGAUAAGGUCUGGGUAUCAAUCCUUCAGCAGGCCAUGGCCCGAUGUGGACAGAACGAUGCAGAUCUUCCAAAACAUGUCAGAGCAGUUGUUGAAGAAGCCAUGAGUAUCUCCUUGAAGCUGAUUUCCGACUCACGUUACAACAAGAUCGAGGAGGAGACCGAGAAGAACAAGGAAGUACUUGGAAACCGACAAAAAGCCUGGGACGGAGCCACCAACGACUUCAUCCGCCCACUCUUCCAGAAGUACCGCAACUCGAUCCUUUCCGGAGCAUCACAAACCUGCCCGGUUAGCGCCGCGGGCACCAGAAAACGAAGACAUUUCUAAAUUUUGUAUAUUUUCUCUAACAAUUUUCCACGACGGGUCACACAUAUCCUCUUAAUUCCAUUUUCAAUUUUUCGAUGAAAAAAAAUCAAUAAAAAAUCCACGUCAUUCCACGUUUUU